GGUUACUAAUCUUGUGAUGACAAAGAUGAUGAUUAUGCAUUUUUAGGAUUGCAUUGAUUUUGUUUUAUAGCCAUAGAAAUCUUCAAUUAACUUUCUGGUUCUUUUUGUCCUUUUGACUUUUAGGUAUAUUGUGAUUCAUCCAUGUCUCAUAACUAUCAAAUAUCAUUAUUUGUGUAUAUUUUGUAAAACACGAGAAGUAUGUAUAAUAAUGCUAUGUUUCAAUUGUUCCUUAAUAAUUAAUUUCAAAUUUAUCACGUUAUUUAUUAAAAAUAUAAGCUUUACUUCAAUCAGGCGUGAAGAGGCCUUUGUAAUUGACGACUUCUUUUUUUCAUUUUUAAUCUUUUAGAGUGGCUUGUUUAUAUAUACUUCAUGUUUACUUGAGUCUCGCCCUUUUUUAUCAAUGAAUUUAUUCUGGAAAAAAAAAAAAAAAAAAAAUUGAGUCUGCUUCCACCUUAUUAAAAAGAUCACAUUAUUUGUUUCUUAGUUUAAAAUAAGAAAAGAAAAAGACCCAUUUAUUAUUAUUAUUUUUAAUAAUGAAUGAACUUGAGGACAUAUGUUAUGUGUGCUGUCUGAAGAUUUAGAAAUCAUUAUGACGCAGGCCUAGGAGGAAGCUACAAAUUUUUUUUUUUUUUUUGCAUUUUUUUUUUCAUAUUUUAAGUUUUUAUUUAUUGAGUUGUGAUUAGGAUGAAAUUUCAUGUGCUUAGAUAGAAUUUAGUUUUGUAUUUGGAUUAGUUUGGAUUUGUAUUUGAGUUCAGCUAGGAUUACUUGUUAUCUUUAUCUAUUUCUUUCCCGGAAGCUCUAGAAAGCUCUUAAUAAUAUUCACAAAUUCAUUACAAAUUUCAUUUUUGUUUGGUGGUGAGCCCAAAAAACCCUUAGAUGGAGCUGUUCUAGGCUGUCUUGCAUCACAUUCAACAAUUUGUUGUUUUGAGAUGUCUGAUAUUUACUUUUUCUAUCCUUGAGAGAGAAAAAAAAAAUCUUUGCAGGAGGAUCUCAAAUCACUACAGAGACAAAGUGAUUGUGAAAUCAGGAAUUUGAAGUCUCUGAAAAAAUGGACGAGGAUAAUGAAAUCGUUAAACUACGAAAACAUUGUCAAUAUUUGGAAGAGUAUUUGCAGCAGGAAAUUUCAAAACAAGAUUCGUCCAAGAACAUUGAAAUUCUGAAUGACUUAAUUCGUGAAAAAUCUGCUGAGAUUUUAAAUCUAGAAAAAGCUUUGGGUGGCUGCACUGCUGAAAUUGAUAUACAGGAGAGACGAUUCAAAGGACAGUUGGCACGGGCAAAAGAAGAAGAAGCAGCUAAACUUUCAAAGCUUUUGGAAGAUGCAAAUCAACAGGCAGAAGUAUCAAAGCGAGAAAAGGAAGAAAUAUUGGCAAAGUUUUCCCAAGCUGAAAAGAUGCUAGAAGAAUGGAAAAGCAGAGUACAUAAGCUUGAGGAAGACAAUGCAAAAGUACAGCGUUGUCUUGAGAAUAGUAUAGCAACUCUUAAUCGGUUGUCAAUGGAUUUCAAAAAUCAUGUUGACAGGCGCCUUGUGAUCAAGUUACUAGUGACCUACUUCCAAAGAAAUCACAGCAACGAGGUUCUGGAUCUUAUUGUUCGCAUUCUGCAAUUCUCUGAUGAAGAAAAGCAAAGAAUUGGUGCAGCUCAACAUGGUGUUGUUCGUGGAGUACUAGGGCUACCUGGCCGCCUGGUUGGUGGCAUCUUGGGAGGAAGUUUGGCUGAAUCAGCGGCAUCAGAAAACCAGUCCCUUGCAGCUCUGUGGGUCGAUUUUCUUCUGAAGGAAACUGAAAGAGAGAGAAGGGAUUUGGAAGAUGAUGCUGGGAGACCUAAAGAAGAUUCACAUUGAAGAAAUUCAAAUGCUGCAGUUGCUGAUGCACCCAACACCCUACGUUCUCUUCAUGUAAAAAGGGGGGGCCAAACAAUUUGAACUGUCUUUUUCACACUACAUUUUGGAGUUUUCAUAAUGAUAAAAAACACGGAUAAACAAAUCUUAUAUUGUCUCAUUUCGAUUUUGUUUACCGGAACCAAAAAUUGUGGGUGCUAUGCAGUCUUGAGUGUGGUGCUAUUUCAUGAUCGUUGUGGUGUG